AUGUCAACAUUGCUGCCAUCCUCUGUCAUGCAGGGAAUGUCACCCGAUCUCGCCUCAUUUCUGGGGAACAUGCGGACCCAAUUCAUGUCACUGCAACAAUGCACCAAUGAACUUGAAUCAAUUGGUGUGACUAAUGCUAGAUUAACUGCUCAAUUAGUUAAUGCGGAAAAGCUAAUUGCUGAUCUCAGAUCUCAAUUAGCAUCUCAGGGCAAUUACCCAAUUACAACAAAUGCAUCAACAUCAUCUGCACCAACCACACCCAAGGAGCCUGGCACUGAGGUUUCUACAUGGGCUACCACUGCUGCUGCUGCUCACAACUCUGUUGUUGUUCCUACUGCACUUUCAGUUCGCAAGACUCCAAGACCUCCUUCUGUUUGCCGAGUUGCUGCUUCUGCUAGAAUGUUUGCCAUUCCCACUGGUCCCAAAGGAUAUCAAUAUGUGUAUAUCCCACGUUCAUGCCGUCUCACACAUAGAGAAGUUCGCAACUCUUUGAAAACACUUGGUGUUGAUACUGGCCGCAUCUUGGAUAUCAAUUUUUCUGCCAAGGAUGUAGUUGGCAUCCUAGUUCACAACCAGUAUGCUGAGAAAUUCCAGACCACUCUGACCACAGUUGCCAUUGAGAUCUUAGACGCGUUUGACCCUUUAGAUCCCAAAAACAUUGCAGAUCCCAAAUAUAAGUCUCUUUCUGAUUCAGAGCUAGAAGAAGUUGCUGCUGAGCUUCAUUCUGAUCGUUGUCUGAAGGCUCUCAAGUACCUUCGUCCUUAUGUUGCUGUUCCAGUUGGUCAUUUCUUUUGUGAUCAAGGCUGGAUCUCUAAGGAAGAUAUUCCUGUUCAUUCUGUUUCUGGUCUUGGUGCUGGUAUUCAUGAUUUCCAAUCACCAUCUCGUCGACUUUGGAAUGCUAAUGGUCUGCAGCCUCGUGCAAUUUAUGAUGUUCUUCAACACUGUCACUCUUUACAUAUGCUUUUUAUCACUGAAAUAUGGCUUCUCCCCCCAUCUUGUCUCCCCACUUCUUGGUCCCAGAUUCAUCUUUAUGGUUCACCUGUAGCUGGCAACUACAGAGGUUCUAUGGGUGUUUCUGUUCUUAUUUCUCCAUUCUGUCCUUAUCUUGUCACUCAGAUUCUUAUGUCAUCUAACUAUGCUUUGGCCAUCAAGAUUGGUUCCCUCAGAAUUGUAUGCCUGUACUUACUGCCCACUAUGUCCACCCAUGAUGCUCUUGCAGUUCUCUCAUCCAUUCCUUUGACCAAUGACACUAUCAUAUGUGGUAAUUUUAAUUCACAUUUGGGUUCACUUACUGGUUACUAUGCUACUAACACUCGAGGUCUUGCUCUUUGCCAAUGGUUAGAAGAACGUGCUCUUACUUUUGUCAAUGGCCAGCUCUCACCAUGCACAUCUACAUUCAUUUCAUUCCGCCAAAAUGUGGAGAUAAGCAGUAUCAUUGAUCUGUUUAUCACUAAUAUGUCCCUCACCAAUGCCACUCUCAACAUUCAUACCAACCUCUCACUCAACUGUGACCACCAACCUGAUGUUCUCAAACUAUAUGCUCACACAUUUGUCACUAAUUCUGCCAACCUCAAAUCCACUUUGCAAUCGACCUUCAAACACCCUCCUUCCUCACGUCUACCAAUUGAUGCACUAACUGAUGAAUUCAACUCACUCAUUUACAAUUCUUUAAGUAGCUCAAUUGGCAACCGUCCUCCCCAUCCUUCCCACUGGAAAAAAUUGUGGAAUUCAGCACUCCAAGCAGCUGCAGAGCACCGCAAUUUCUGCUACAAGAAAUGGCGCCGUGCAUGUGGCAUAGACAAAAUCCAUUGGUGGGAUAAGCAUCUCAAAGCGCAGGCAGAAUUCCGACAUCAAGUUCAAUCAUCUAAGUGCCAAUCAUGGCAUGCUUUUUGCAGAUCACUAGAGCACGACUUCUCAAAGGCAACAUCCAAAAUCAAGCAACUUAAACAACAACGUCAACCUCAGCAUGUGUUUCAACACAGUGAUGGACCAGCAACAGCAGCAACAAUUAUGUGUGAGCAUCUUGCAUCUGUAUACAGUGGCAGUAUCCUCCCAGAUCAGCGCCCUCCUCCUCCUCAUCUUCACAGCAACAGUCUGCCUUUUGCCUCUGCCAACUCGCCAUUUGUUUCUUCUGUGAUAGAGGGAUGCAUGCAAUUUAUGCCUAACUGCAAGGCACCAGGCCCAGAUCACAUCAGAGCAGAAAUGUUAAAAGCCAUUCCUAUUUGUGCUCUUCUCAAGAAAGACUACAUAAUUCUUGAAUGGAUCCAGGAUAAGUGCCUGCGUAUGAUUGUUGGUGGACAUGCUACCUCUUCUACUAUGGUUCUAAAACAUAUAUGUAACUUGCCUCAGAUGCAUUUUCGUGCCAAUAUUCUUAUCACCAAAUUUUGUAUUCGAGCACAUUCUCUUCCUUCUGGUUGUUUGCUUUCUUUGCUUCAUCAACAUCAUCCACAAGUUUCUACACUUCGAUCUUUGGCAUUAAACUUUCUUCUUCAUAGUAUUCCUGAUAAUAUUAACUGCACUAGCCAAACACAACUUACAAAACACUUUGAAUCCUUCAGACAGAACUUAUUCAAUCAAUUUCGCUUGUCCACUACUCAGGUUUUGAUACAUACAUGCUGCCCGGUAUUGGAAGUUGACCCAAUAUUGUUUCUUCCAGCAACACGCACUGAACGUAGCCUUCUGAUUCGUUGGUGCAUGAGUUGGUUGCCUGGUAAACCAAAGGAAUGUGCAUGCAGCUCAGAUCAUACAUCACGACGUCAUCUUCAAUUCUGUACCUCAAUUCCACCACAAUUAAUUGCCAAGCUUCCAAUACCACCAACCUUUGAGGACAAUAUCAUUGACUUUGCUAUAUCGGCAUUGCCAAUCUCAUCUGCCAAUCCCUGCCCCCUAUAUUAG